AUGCCAAUUGGUACACUUGAAGUAAUUAUUGUUGAAGGACGUCAUCUCAAAGAUCGAGAUAUUGUUGGUCAAAAUGAUGCUUAUGUAGAAAUUUAUUUAGAUAAAAAAUAUAAACAACGUACAACAACUAUUUCAAAUUCAAAUAAUCCAAUAUGGAAUGAACGUUUUACAUUUAAUCUUCAAAGAGGUGAUGAUACAAUUCAUUUUGAUGUUUAUGAUGCUGAUGUUGUUGGUCGAGAUUCAAUUGGAAGUGGUAAAGUUAAAUUGAAACAUGUUUUUGAUGAUGGAAAAUUUAAUGAAUGGAUAAAAUUACCAGCGAAAUUUGGUUUAUCAUCUCAUGGAGAAAUUCAUGUUAUUAUGAAUUUUAUACCGGCUUAA